AUUUCAACUACUUGUAACUUGUUUCCUUAUUUCUUUGCGCCGUAGACUUCUAAUACAUCUAGAGAUGAUUAGUUGAUUAGAAAGUUGAGUUCAGUGGGUGCAGACCUGCAAGAUCAUAUUCUUCCUCCUGUACAUGAUGUAUCGGACGGUAGGAUUUGGCACCCAAAGAAGGUAUCUGGAGCCAUGGAUGAUUGCCGUUCUCAUUGUGUUGUCCCUGACAGUGGUGGCAGUGACCAUAGGUCUCCUGGUUCACUUCCUAGUAUUUCACCAAAAAAUGGAGUACUAUCAUGGCUCCUUUAAAAUUUUAGAUCCACAAAUCAAUAACAAUUUUGGACAAAGCAACACAUAUCAACUUAAGGACUUACGAGAGACGACCGAAAAUUUGGUGGAUGAGCUAUUUAUAGAUUCAGCCUGGAAGAAGAACUAUAUCAAGAACCAAGUAGUCAGACUGACUCCAGAGGAAGAUGGUGUGAAAGCAGAUGUCAUUAUGGUGUUCCAGUUCCCCUCUACUGAGCAAAGGGCAGUAAGAGAGAAGAAAAUUCAAAGCUUCUUAAAUCAGAAGAUGAGGAAUUUAAGAGCCUUGCCAAUAAAUGCCUCAUCAGUUCAAGUUAAUGCAAUGAGCUCAUCAACAGGGGAGUUAACUGUCCAAGCAAGUUGUGGUAAACGAGUUGCUCCAUUACACGUCAACAGAAUAGCAUCUGGAGUCAUUGCACCCAAGGCGGCCUGGCCUUGGCAAGCUUCCCUUCAGUAUGAUAAUAUCCAUCAGUGUGGGGCCACCUUAAUUAGUAAUACAUGGCUUGUCACUGCAGCACACUGCUUCCAGAGGUAUAAAAAUCCACAUCAAUGGACUGUUAGUUUUGGAACAAAAAUCAACCCUCCCUUAAUGAAAAGAAAUGUCAAAAGAUUUAUUGUCCAUGAGAACUAUCACUCCGCAUCAAGAGAGUACGACAUUGCUGUCGUGCAGGUCUCUUACAGAGUCACUUUUUCAGAUGACAUACGCCGGAUAUGUUUGCCAGAAGCCUCUGCAUCCUUCCAACCAAAUUCAACUGUCUACAUCACAGGAUUUGGAGCACUUUACUAUGGUGGGGAAUCCCAAAAUGAACUUCGAGAAGCCAGAGUAAAAAUCAUAAGUGAUGAUGUCUGCAAGCAACCACAGGUAUAUGGCAAUGAUAUAAAAUCUGGAAUGUUCUGUGCCGGAUAUAUGGAAGGAAUUUAUGAUGCCUGCAGGGGUGAUUCUGGGGGACCUUUAGUCACAAGGGAUCUGAAAGACACCUGGUAUCUCAUUGGAAUUGUGAGCUGGGGAGAUAACUGUGGUCAAAGGGACAAGCCUGGAGUCUACACACAAGUGACUUAUUACCGAAACUGGAUUGCUUCAAAAACAGGCCUCUAAUUUGCCAUAAAAGUUAAACCAAGAGAGCUGUAUGCAGGUCAUAUAUGCGUGAGAAUUCAACUAUCUAAUGGGUGUAGUACAACAAAGUGAUAUUAAAUUACUGGAUCUAGCAACAUGAAACACACAACGUAAGUUAUUUAGAAUCACUUUAAUCAACCAAUAAUCCUUAGCCAAUUUAUAAGGGACUUUUAUUUGUAAAGUAAUAGAUCUGGCUUGAAACAUACAAUAGAGAUACCUAGCUCUUUAAAUCAUGAAUGUUGAAGUACAAAUGAGACUCAAUACAUAUUUCUGAAGUUAGUCCAUGAGAUUUUUAAAAUGUCUUUAUCAAGGGGAUCUCCUUUUAACUGAGACAUUUUUGAACUCACAAAGUGUUCAAGAAACCCUUGUAUAAUUCCCUACGUUUCUCUAGAGCUCACAAAUAUUUUUUCUUUUUCCUUAUUCAAUCAGAUUUUCCAAAGCACUUUUCCACCAUAAAAAAUGAAUUUUCUACUUCUAAACCCAUUUGAGGGACACAAAUAAAAGAAAGCCAUAUGUAGGAAACAAAGUCUGAUAGUAAAGCAAGUCAGAGAUCUUCUAACUUUUUUUAGUUAUAAAGCCUCUAAUUUUUUGUUGACUUUUCUACACACACACACACAAACCCACACACAAGCACACUCACAUAGAUAUUCCUAUCCCACAUAUAUAACCAGAAAAAUCCAGAUUAAUGAAUGAUAUAUAGAUAGAGUGAUUAGUUGAUCAAAACUAUGUAUUUGUUAAAAAUUUGGGAGAAGGUGAUGGUGAUUUCAUAAGUCCCAAAACACAGGCACAAGAAAUUUGACAUUUCAUAGAUGCACUUGCACAUUUUGACCACAAGGGGGAAAUUUUGUACAUUAUUAUUGUAUGGUUAAAUGCCUGAAAAAAAUAAGAAUUCACUAAUACCUUGAAAAAUCAAAGAAUAUUGUCUUCCUCUGUAGCAAGAAAAAUUGUAUGCCCUUGCAUUUCUACAGCCAAAUAGCUUAUAAAGCUUAUGGCAAUGUCCCAAGUAUUGCAACCAUAAAACCCUAGUUUUAG